UUUUUCUGGAUAUUAUCCAACAUCCAUCAAUAUGAACGCAGUCGUAGCUUGUCUUCUGAUCAUCUUCACUAAUAUUAUAUCUUCAGGGUAUGGAGACAUCGUGGAUAUUGAUUAUUCCGAGGAGAUUCUUGACGCCUCUAGCGUGACACUGCAAACAAAUCCAAACCAAGGGUUCGUUUACGACUUUUUGCCACCUAUCCCAGCGGCCAAUCAACAGUUCUUCGUCUUCAGGUUCCGGGUGAAGUCUGGAGGUGAAACGCAUGUAGCCCUGGCAGACCACCAGUUUGGACAAGGGUCUUGGUACGAUAUAGUCUUCGGUAUCAACAAAAACAGGUACACCGCCGUUCGGCGAUGUGAACGCCAAAACUGCCAGGAGCUGGCCGCUGUCAUGAUGCCAGAUGCCGUCAGCCUCGACCGAAUUCAUGACCUCUGGAUAGGGUACAACUUAAAUCAGGGCCUGAUUUCGGUAGGGCAAGGAUCACACAGCGAUGCGGAUCUAGAGGCCAGGACAACCGGAAUGUUCCCGGUCAGCAAUCUUGGAUUCAGCACCGCCCAAGGAACCAUUGGCUAUUGGUGGUUCCCUGCCGAGCAUCUCGUCGUCCAAGGAUGUGGGAGUUUGUUGUACCAAGUUGACAAUCAAUACAAAUUCCGAUACACUCUCCCGGUCAUUCCUCGCUCAUCGGCCACCAGUCUGGACUUUAAGUUCUCCGCGAAUGCAAAUAGUAAUGUGCGUAUCCUUCUAGCCUCGGAAGUGGGUCUCAGUGACCAGGAACCUGCAUACGAGAUCAUAAUCGGUUCGGAGGGAAACAGGAAAUCUGAGAUCCGUCGUUGUGUGAACGCUGUAGAAUGCUGCCCAGUUGUUGCUUCGGCGAACACCCCUGAUAUUCUCAACGGUCUUGGAAACCAGGAAUUCCACAUCAUGUAUAAUGGUGGGUUACUGAAGGUGUUCUUGGAGGACGAUGACACCCCGAUUUUAACCAGCUUUGAUCCUAACCCCGUCUCGGUUAGAGCAAUCGGUUAUUCUCAAGGACCUCAUCAAGGCGGAUACUUUGACUUCCCUGCUCAGGGAUUUGCAUUGGGUUUGCUAGUGGUUGACACCGACGGCGAUGGGGUAUAUAACUCGGACCUACCCCUCGUCCCUCAAGACAGAGCUUUCGAUCUGCACAUCUCAUUCUUAGUGAGGGCAGCCCGUUCUACCCUUGUUCUCUUAUCACCAGAAAUUGACUUUCUUAACUUCGACGGCUGGGAAUAUGAGAUACUUCUAGGCGGAUGGAAUAACCAGAAAACGGCCCUUCGCAAAUGCAAAAACUGUGGCUCUGUGCGAACAAAGAGCCAUGUUACACUCGACCCCAAUGAAUUUCGAAUGAUCACAAUCACCAUCAACAACGGAGAAAUUCGGGUAUACGCAGGUGACCGUGAAGAACUGCUUUUUUCUUUACAAGAAAAGCCUCAGAACGUGUUUGGCAUCAAAAGAGUCGCUGUCACCACUCUUCUGGGAGGAAAAGGCCGUUUCGUUUUUGAGCCGUGUAACCUCUACAAAUGAGAGGACAUAGAUUAGUGCAGAGCUCCAAAUACUGUAUCAGAGACCUCGUAACUUUAAAAUAUAUUAAUCGCUCAGAUGGAGCAUUUUUUUAAAAGUUCCUUCAUUUUACUUUUUGGAAUGACUACUUAUAAAAGUCGCACAUUACAAAGUUACAAAAUCUAACCAGGAGGUUAAAAAUUGAAAUAUGAUAAGUGCGAGGUCACUCAGGAAAUGAAUAAUUGGUAUUAUUACUAUUAUUAUAAUUGUUCUAUUUGAUAUUGUUAAUGAUUAUUAUGAAUAAAUCAGUAAUUCAUUGUUAUAAUCAUUACUGCAGAAGUGGAUCCAGGAGGGUUAUAUACAAUAGUAUUUCUCAAACCAUAUUGGGUGAUACAGAGGCGUCGAUCCUGGGGGGCGCAGGGGGCGAUCGCCCCACCAAUGAAAAUAUUGGGGGGGCAAACAUCGUUUUGCCCCCCUAAUUAUUCCGGAUAUGCAAAAAAAAAAAUUGUAAUGUUCAGCAAGCGAGAUUGAGAUACACAACUUGUUCUUUAUUUAAAAUCGUGCUAAAAAUGUCCGCUUUUCAGAUUGGAAUUUUAAAAUGUUCAGCUCGCGCUUGGCGCUCGCAUCAUUUCUAUCGCAAAAACCCAUACUUUUCAUGAUUAAAUAGAUGAAUAUACAUGUUCCGUAUUCAGUUCUAAGCCUAAAAAAAACUCCUGCUUCGAUUUGCAAUAAUCUUUUGUUGGAUAUAUAUCUUGUUCUUUAUCAAGAACGUCCAUUAAACUGUCAUUUUUUCAGAUCGAAAUAUCAAAAUUUUCAGCUCGCGCUUCGCGCUCGCAUUAAUUUGUUGGUUAGAUACGUGUCUGUGUCUCAUGAGUCAUAUAUAUGUAUAUAUACAUAUAUAUGUAUAUAUACACACACACACACAUAUAUAUAUAUAUAUAUGCCUAUGUGUGUGUGGGUGGGUGUUUUGUACAAUCGAGCGCCUUUGGAACGUUGAUUAAUGAUUUUGCCCCCCCAAUCUGAAUAAUGGAUCGACGCCCCUGGGGUGAUCUCAAGUACGGUGUUGAAAUUUGGAUGGCCUCCCCUAGCUCCAAAACUUAUUCAGUUUCUAAAACUGAUCCAGGGGUCCAUUGCAGAAAGAGUUGCAUUUAAACGCAAGUCAAAAAAUCAAUCGCAAGUCCCCAAAUGCGCGCUGUUGAUUGGUUGAAAAGCAAGUAGCGCACGAUUUUUAUAGUUGCAAUAGAUUGCAACUCAUCUGCAACAGGCCCCAGAUCACAUCUCAACAAAUACUGAGCAACUUUCAGGACCAUCUUCAUUUUAUGUUUGGCGGUAUAAUCGUGUAAAAAUCGACCCAACACCACUAGCGUACCUAAGGGGGGCAGAGUGUCCCCCCCCCUGACGAGUCACAACCCAUGCAAGGGAAGUAUCCCUGCCCCCCCCCCCCCCCUGACGAAUCAAAACUGAUCCCUGACGAGCCACAAGUGGCACCUCCUUUGAACUUGAAGACCUUUUUGCUUGUCAAAUUUGUUGGCGGAAUUUGCCCCCCCCCCUUUGGAAAAUCCUUGGUACGCCACGCCCAACACCAACACUCAAAGGUCAACAAUGAACUUGAAAGCACCCAUUGUGCUAGUACUACAGGUCAGUACCUAAGAAGUAGUAGAAGUAAUGAUAGGAGUAGUAGUAGUAGUAACAAAGGUGGUAGAAGUAGUAGUAGUGGUGGUGGUGGAAUACAUAAAGCAGUAGUCAUCAUCGGAACAUGUAGUUAAAUUUGAUACAUUUCCAUAUCUGUAUCAUUAUUAGGUUCACUGGCGGAUCCAGGGGGGGGGGGCAAAGGCAAAAUGCUGUUAGAACGGAAGUUUCCCCCCCCCCCCCUUGAAAGUGAAGACCUUCGUGGACGAAAUAUCAAAAUUUGUUGGUUAAAAACUUUUUUUGCUUGUCAAAUCUUUCGAGAAAAUGUGCCCCCUCCUUGGACAAUCCUGGAUCCGCCCCUGGUUAGAUUAUUAUUAUUGUUAUUAUCAUUAUUAUAUACUAGUUAGUAUUACCAGUAAUCAUUUUAAUCAUAGCUUUCAUUCAUCAUUAUUCAUAAAAUGUUAAGGCCUACAUGUAUUUUUGCCGCUCUUCCAAGAAAGAGGUAUAGAAUAUUCAAUCUAAUGAAGAUAUGAAUAUAGAUUUGUAGUCCAAAAUAAAG